AUGCUCGAAAUACGAACUUUUAGUCAUGUGCUGAAUAGUACUAAGAUUAAGAGGUUAGUGACUGAUUAUGGAUUAAGUGCGGCACUCUGGCGCAAGGCUCGAUUUUAUUCACAUACGGUUGGACCUUCGGAGCCACAAGACACAUCGAAUUCUCGAAGCGAUAAUAUCAUAGACGAACUCAAACAAAGAGGUUUAGUUUGUCAUGUCUCACAGCCAGAGAAUGUCCUUUGGACGAGGUUGAAAGGCGAUGAGAAGAUCAAGCUUUAUUGUGGUGUGGAUCCCACUGCCCAGUCAUUGCACCUAGGCAAUCUAGUUCCCUUGAUGGUUCUAUUACACUUUUACGUAAAAGGGCACGACAUUGUGACUGUCAUAGGUGGAGCAACAGGGAAAGUCGGGGAUCCUAGUGGAAGGAAAUCCGAAAGAGACCUUAUGAAGAACGAUGUUAGACAAAGCAACGUUAAAUCAAUAUCGCAACAAUUAAGGAGAUUCUUCCAACAUGGGCUGGAAUAUUAUAACAAUCGGCAUAAUGUCACGGAAUUUUCUUCUCCUGGCAAAUACACGCCAAGAAAUAAUUUCGACUGGUGGAAAGAUAUCAAAAUGCUGGAUUUCUUGGCAGAUUUUGGUAGGCACAUUAGGGUGCAGUCAAUGCUAGCGAGAGAUUCAGUUUCAUCCAGGUUACAGACCCAAAAUAGUCUAGGGUUUAACGAAUUCACCUAUCAAAUUCUGCAGGCUUAUGAUUUCUAUUAUUUGUACAAAGAAGAAAAUGUACGUGUACAAGUCGGCGGCAACGACCAAUGGGGGAACAUUACCGCUGGGAUAGAUCUUAUAAAUAGAUUACAGCCUACGCAGAAGAAUGGUCUACCAUUUGGCGUCACCGUGCCCCUAUUGACGACGGCGACAGGGGAGAAAUUUGGGAAGAGUGCAGGUAAUGCUGUUUUUAUUGACCCUUCUGUAAAUACAGCAUAUGACGUUUACCAAUUUUUCUUCAACACCCUAGACGCUGAUGUGCUCAAGUUCUUGAAUAUCUUUACCUUUUUAGAUCCAAAUGUGAUCACUUCAGUUGUAGAAUCGCAUAAUAAAUCGCCCAAUUUACGUUACGGCCAAACUGUAUUGGCCAAAGAAGUUACUGACAUGUUAUAUGGAGUUGGGUCCGGUUCAGACUCGGAGACACUCUCUAACGUUAUAUUUGGGCGUUAUGAUGUCACCUUAUCUGCCACUAAAUUGAUUGAACUGUGUAAAAAAGCCAAAAUUUUACAAUCUGCUGAUAGGAAAGACAGCUUAGUCAAGCUGAUCUGUAAACUAGCAGACUGUUCAGUUUCGGAAGCCAGAAGGAAACUCUCUCAAGGAAGCGUGUACUUACAUUCUUCAAGGAUCAGAAUUAAAGAGGACGUCUCUAAUUGGGCUCCUUACCUGAUAGAUGAUCAAGUUUUGAUCUUGAGAAUAGGGAAGCAGAAAUGUUUCAUAAUAAAAAUGCGUUAA